AUGGACACCCAGUUAAGCAUCAAAACCUUACUGACCGCUGCUCGACUUUUGGACGGAGGUCGUGAGGUGAACAAUCUCGUACAACCUCAUCCCACUAUGCAAGAUGUGCCGACGGGCACGAUUCCGUCAUCACUUGCCAUGCAACCUCUAUAUGCUGAUUCCAUGCAGCCUGAACUCAGGGUUAUUAUCUCAAGGAAGAUGCGUGUUGAACGGAAGCUUUGUUCCGCUUCAACAAGCGCUCAACCAUACUGUUCCUCGUCCCCGUCACGGAAAAACUCAUCGAAACACAGUCGAGCCGCCCACAAUGAGCUCGAAAAAACUCGCCGAGCAAAUCUUCGAGGAUGCCUGGAGACGCUGAAAACUCUCGUACCACCGCUUGGCGAUGCGUCUCGUAAUACAACGCUUGCAUUGCUGACGCGUGCCCGUGACCACAUCAAGGUGAGCGCUCGUUCACAUGCGAAUCACGUGCGCGCGCACGUGUGCGCGCGUAACGCCCAGCCCACACGGGUCUUCGAGUGGAAUGAUUCGGUGGUGUAG